CUGCCACCAACAUGGAGACUUUGUACCGUGUCCCGUUCUUAGUGCUCGAAUGUCCCAACCUGAAGCUGAAGAAGCCGCCCUGGUUACACAUGCCGUCGGCCAUGGCUGUGUAUGCUCUAGUGGUGGUGUCUUGCUUCCUCAUCACCGGAGGAAUAAUUUAUGAUGUUAUUGUUGAACCUCCAAGUGUCGGCUCUAUGACUGAUGAACAUGGGCAUCAGAGGCCAGUAGCUUUCUUGGCCUACAGAGUAAAUGGACAGUAUAUUAUGGAAGGACUUGCAUCCAGCUUCCUAUUUACAAUGGGUUUCAUAAUCCUGGACCGAUCGAAUGCACCAAAUAUCCCAAAACUCAAUAGAUUUCUUCUUCUGUUCAUUGGAUUCAUCUGUGUCCUAUUGAGUUUUUACAUGGCUAGAGUAUUCAUGAGAAUGAAACUGCCGGGCUAUCUGAUGGGUUAGAGUGCCUUUGAGAAGAAAUCAGUGGAUACUGGAUUUGCUCCUGUCAAUGAAGUUUUAAAGGCUGUACCAAUCCUCUAAUAUGAAAUGUGGAGAAGAAUGAAGAGCAGCAGUAAAAGAAAGAUCUAGUGAAAAAACGGGAAGCAUAUUGAAGCUUGGACUAGAAUUUCUUCUUGGUAUUAAAGAGAAAAGUUUAUCACAGUAUUUUUUUUUCCUGCUGACCUAUUGCUAUACCAAUGAUGUUGAGUGGCAUUUUCUUUUUAGUUUUUCAUUUCUUAACAUAUACUCCAUAUCUACAACUAUAAUGUCAAAUAAAGUGAUUAUUUUUUACAACCCCCUUAACAUUUUUUGGAAAUGACAUCUCUGAUUUUCAGAAAUUAACAUAAAAUCCGGAAGCAAGAUUCCAUAAGCUGGACAGCUGAUCAGCUUUACCUAUGGUGCUUUGCCUUUAACUAGAGUGUGUGAUGGUAGAUUAUUUCAGAUAUGCAUGUAAAACUGUUUCCUGAACAAUAAGAUGUAUGAACGGAGCAGAAAUAAAUACUUUUUCUAAUUAAAAAAAAUUGUGCAUGUGCAUUGCUUUGAUUUAAU